AUGACUCCUUCGAUCUCCCUCGACCACACCACUCCGGCUGUUGUGCCGGAGUCCAACGAGACCCCUGCAGCCUUUGCUCCGGCUAAUGACCUUUUCUCUCUGUCCGGUCGCACUAUCAUGAUCACCGGAGGUGGUCGCGGGUUAGGCAUGUGCUUGACCACAGCCGUGCUGGAGGCGGGUGGUGAUGUUGCUUGUCUUGAUCUCCUACCCGGGCCAAACCAGGAAGAAUGGUACGCCGUGCAAAAGCUAGCUAAGCAGCGCGGCCUGCAGGCAACAUACACUCAGUGCGAUAUCACCAACGAAGAGAACACCAAAAAGGUUCUGGAAGAUAUUGCUGCUGAGGGCCUGCGCCGCAACAAGCCUCUGCGCGGUGCCAUUACGUGUGCUGGCAUCCAGCAGAUGGUCCCUGCCCUUGAGUACCCUAUCGAUGGAUACCGGAAAAUGUUGGAUGUCAAUGUUCUUGGAACAUUCAUUCCCGCCAAGCACUGUGCCCGCAUCUUUGUGGAACAGAAGACCCCAGGGAGCAUUGUGAUGAUCGCCUCUAUGUCUGGUCAGAUUGCCAACCGGGGCCUCACAUGUACGGCAUACAACUCCUCCAAGGCUGCUGUGCACCAAAUGUGUCGAUCCGUCGCCCAAGAAUGGGGUCAGCACAACAUUCGUGUCAACACUCUAUCUGCAGGAUAUAUCCGCACUGCUAUGACUGACGCUUUGCUCGAGGAGAAGCCCGAUUUGGAGGAGACUUGGAUGCGCGGUGCCCUUCUUGGUCGUCUUGGUGCCCCUGAGGACUUCAAGGGCCCCACCCUCUUCAUGCUCACUGAUGCGAGUGCCUGGAUGACCGGUGCUGAUCUUCGAGUCGACGGUGGUCACUGCGCAUCUGCAUAA